UUCUCUUCUCUUUUAUUUUUUAGGGUUUCUCAAUCCACCCACAGCUGCAAGCGAAGCCAUCAACUAACCAUGGCUUGUACUAUCGAUUUCCGAUGUCUCGACGAAGGCUUCGGAGGCAAAACCUACAAAAGGAAACGCGAAUCCCAGUUCCAGUCCCAGUCCCAGUCCGGAAACGACGACGCAUCAAUGGAAAUCGACGAAAGCACAGUUGUUCCACCACCAGCGAAACGGUCAGCUUUAGAGUCGACAGAAAACCCUAACAAACCGGUGUAUGGAAAUCCAACAUACGACGGCGUAAUAGCAGGAAGAGCGUCGGGGCGGAAGUGGAAACAAGUGAGAAAGCAGAGAGCGUCGGCGAAGCACGUGAGCGUAAAAGGCACGACGUUCGAGGAGAGGGAAAGGCAGAAGGAGAUAAAGAAAGCGUAUAGAGAGAGAAUUAAUGAGUUGAAAGAGGAGAUAAGGAGGAAUAAGCAAGAGAAAAGGAAACAAAGAGAGGAGAGAGAGAAGAAGAAACAGGAGAAUAUAUUGAAGUCCGGCACUAAGUUGCAAAAGAUUACUAAUCCUAAGACUUUGAAGAAGAUUUCUAAGAGUAAGGAUAGGAAAUUGCUUAAGCUUGUUCCUGAUGAUCUUGUCAAUAGAAAUAAGAAGAUAUGAUAACUACUGGGGUUUACAUUUUAAAUGUUUUUUGGGUUUUGUUUGUUGAGUUUUGUUGGUGCUAUCAAUAUGGAUAGCUGUAAGAGUUUAAGAUUUUGGAUUUUAAUUAUUAAUGAAUUUUUGUUUCUAUAA